UAGUAAAUAUAUUUUAUUACUAACAUCGUGUUUAGCGGAUUAAGUCAAAGUAUACAAUCAAAAUACUUCAAAAAUGGCCGGCCUGGCAGAACCUAUACGAUUGAGGGAGUUCACAAAUAAACACCCGCAAAUAAAUAUAGAAGACGUCCAUCCUGGCAAAACUCCAAUAACUGGUAAAACCCUCCACGGAUUGUACGUUGGAGAAGUUGGCAGACGUCAUCCAGCGGAUCCUAAUCAAAUAUCCUACAAAUUACAUUUUGAUCAGACGAUUCCAGAUUUUUUGGAUUUGCCGACUGUUACACACGUUUCACAUGAAACGUUAUAUAAUCGCACCUAUAAAUCACAUUUUGUGAAUACGGACUUCAAGUAUACGCCGACGAGUUAUUUCAGACCACUUCCGAUCGGAGCGAAAUCAUCGCCAGAUUUACUUUCUGUUAGACGUCCAACGCGGCCCUGACAAAUUUAUGAGAAUACCUUUCCGCUUGCUUUCUUGUCUGAAUAAAAGAACAUGUUUUAUUAAGUCACCACAUGUUAUUUAAGCAAAGGAAAUCUGAGUGUAUAUUGAAAACCCAGCAUCUACAGGGAUGAUUCUUUACCUUACAUGAAAACUAGAGCGUCGUAAGCAAGUCUAUAAAUACGAUUCGAAGUUUCAUUUACAAUUCACAUAAUUGGAUUCUUCAAUAGAAAUAUAAGUUGCUGUCGCCAAUUUGUCACAGAAUUCCUGCCAGCAUGCUACUUAAACCAGUGGUCGGCAACCUUUUUUCGCUGACGGACCAGUAAAGCCUGACCCAAAUUUUGGCGGACCACCUUAUAUAGACUUACCAAGCUCAUGUAAUAAAUUAUAUGUAUUAGGAAAAAUAGGUUGAUAUUAAAUUCAAAAAUAAAAGUGAUGCUAUUCAAGUAACAUGUUUCUUACGUUCGGCCUACUAUGAUUUUGUAGUUGUCAAUUUUGAAAA